UUCUAAAUAUCAAUUUAAUCUUUAAGUUCAUUAUAUAUAUAAUGUUCGAAAAUACAGCUCUUACGUCACAUGUUUGCUUUUUCCGGUCUGACGGACUGUUGUGAUCCCUGGUUACCUAGCAACCGUUCUCUUCAGCUCAAGUAUCAGCGUCAACAUUUCGACAAUUCACGCACACAUUCUUUACGUUAUGUUGUGGAAGACUUGAGACGUGACUCAUUUUAUAAAAUGGCAAAGUUUGUGCUCGCUGGUAAAACAGACUGCCCUUACUAUGCCAACGCGGAGCUUUUGGCGGACAGAUUAAAGUAUUCUUUGCCCAACUUCAGCAUUCACAAGAUCUCAAUCCUCCCAGAUGAAUGGACGGACUGGCUGGAGAACACGUGCACGAGGAAUGGUUGGAACCAUGAAGAAUCCCCCCUGAUUUGGAGAGAGCUGGUGCACCAAGGUGGCAAAGGGGUGUACUUAGGUGGCUUCCAUGACUUUGUCGAGCACUGUCAGAGUUACUACAACAUCACAUCAGACAUGUCCGAAGAAAUGAUGCUGAGCAUUGCGGCAGAAAACCUCGUCACCAAGCUGGAGCUUAUUAUGGAGGAGCAGCAUCGUGCCAGUCUCAUCAAGCCCCUUCACGUAUGGAUCAGUAGUGCCCUGAACCCCACAUGCAACAUGCUGAUCCCCAGUUUGCUCUCUGCUGAGGUGUUGCCACAAGCUUCUACCAUCAGUCUCCAUCUCCUGGACCUGGAGGGCAGUGAGGAGGAGCUGCAGUCGGUGAAGAUGGAAACUGAAGAUCUGGCUCUCCAUCUGCUUCAUAAGGUGACCACUCACACAGAUCUCAAAGAGGCAUUCCAGGAAGCUGACAUCAUCCUCCUGCUGGAUGACGGCUGGUCUAACGGGACACACGUGAAGGACGAGGAGGAAUGUGAGAAGAUAAAAGCAACAGCAGACUUGUACAGCGAAUAUGGACGGCUGAUUGAGGCCAGGGCCAACGCGGGGGUGAAGGUGAUUGUGUCCAGUGGCUCGCUCGUGAACCUCAGGUGCUCAUUUCUCGUGGAAGCAUGCGCCACUGACAAGUGCCAUGUUGUUGCCGUGGCGACACAGUUGGAGAACGAAGCCAGAGCUGCCAUUGCGAACAAGCUCAAAGUGAGGACUUCAGGUAGCUCACGCUCCUUGGUCGCUGUAAAGAUUUCCGUCGUCACGCCGUUUUAUGCAACAUCUCUGUCACGAUCUGCUUUAGAAGUGACAGAUGUCAUCGUGUGGGGAGAUGUUGGAGAGAGCUUCCACAUUGACCUACAGAGGGCAAAAGUGUUUAACUAUGAUGGCGCAAUCAAAGGACCGCCUUUCUUUUUCCAACCCGUACUUGAGAUCAUCUACGACAAGGAAUGGCUGGAGACCGACUUCCUCGACAUAGUCCGCUGUCAGCACGCAGUUGUUGUUUCAAAGACUUGUCGUGGACUUGAUAUGUCAACCGCCAACGGGAUCCUCACGCUCCUACAGGCUUGGAACGGGGUUUCUACUCCUAAUCAGGUGUUUUCCGUGGGGGUCCCGUGCACAGGCCACUACAACCUUCAAGAUGACGUGGUCCUUUCGCUGCCGGUGGUCUUCACAGAUGGCCAGUGGUCCGUGGUGCCUGACGUGACAGUUGGAGACGAUUUGAAGCAGAAACUUCAGCUUUUUGCAACCGAACUCAGGCAAGUAUUGGCUAAGAUUGCAAUCAAUAACACAAGAAGCACCUUCUUCCCCACCUUCAUUGACAGUGGAUGUUCCUCAUAGAAAGAAGAUGUCAAAGCCGGAGAACACCAGAUGUCAAGAAACAGCCUGAAUUUUGUAUCAGAUUAACCACAGUUUUCCUUCUUUUUUUUUUUUUACUGAAUUUUUUUAAAAGACAGGUGUGAACAGAACAGUAAACUCUAGCUAAAAGGUACCAAAUGUUUGAAAAUUAACAUGAGAAUCACACUUUUACCGUCUUGCUAUAUAAGCAGUGUGGUGUUGCGUUCAAAGGCUCCACGUAAUUGCACUUGAUUUCAUGUUUAGACUGUAUUUUCUAGACCUGAGUGAAGUUGUCCCCCCCACCUCACUCAAAACUCAAAACGUCUAAAAAGAAUAGGCCCAAAACUUAAGUCGUUAAUAACGCAAAAACAAAAGCAGCCUAAACGUUCAUAUUAACUGUACAAAGCAGCACAAAUAUAGCACUAAAAAUGAGCCUAUUUGACCAGAAUUUUGAGUGAGAUGGGGGGGCAAACGUGACUCAAGUCUAAUACCAAAAGCAAUGACACGACUUUUCCUUUCAAUCAGUUUGUUCUUUUAUUCUCUCAUGUGUGCAUGUGGAGUUGCAACUUCAUUUCCCAGUUUGUGUACAAUAAACCCGCUU